AGAAGACAGAUGAGGUAGAGCUGAGAUGGGCUGCGGCUCCUCCAAGUCAGCCGUACUACCGCUCACAGACGACGGCGCUCCGCCCUCCUCAGAACACAUCACUAUCUCAUCCCGUACCCCUCAAGGACUUGCGUUUGAAGUGCCGUUACAUGAAGAUAGUUUGAUCAAGAAACACCCGCCCAAGCGUCUGCAGCGACUAGAGGAGCAGCAGGUGUCACCACCCUCACUGAGGGAUCUGCAGGACAGACUGGCCGAGGCUGAGCAGCGCAGGCAGCAGAUUUUGAGCCAACGAGUAGCUUCAGCCCGAGCACGACAGAAAUUAAAAAGAAGCGAUAAUUUGGAGAAUGGAUUGUUGAUCGAGCGCAUGCACCAGGAGCCGACUACAGUGGCUCUGUGAUGGACUCCUGUAAGCAGAGCUCUGGGUUGUGGUGUGGCCCUGACUGUCCUUACAAUGGCAAUUCUCACAGCUUACUUUUACUGCAGUAACAGGGCCUGAAGUCACAGUAAUGUUUUCACAGUAUGAUGGAAAUUAUUUCUUUAGCGAUUCUUCUUUUACUACCGGUAAUUGUACUUCUAGUUUUUCUCCUCAUACCACUAUUGUUUUUUGUGUUACUUUUAAUAAUCUAGUUGGUAUCCGUUGUACCUUUAAUUAUAAGUUAGAUAACAUCGAUGACUAGUCAGUGAAACUAUUGGCGUCAUACCUGACUAGUAGAAUACAAACAGGACAGAAUGUCAGGACAAAAUCAGGAUUAAUUGAACAUACAAAGUUGGUAUAAUGGCAAAUAUACCCUACAGUGCCUUAGAGUGUUAUCUUUAUGCAGUGUGUUAGAUUAGAUCUCUAGAUCUAAGAAUGUACACAUAUAAAAUAUGUUUACAUUAUUGUAGCAACGGAACAGAUACACGAUGUAAAGUGGUCUUAAUAAAUAUAAAAUUCAAGUCUUGCUUUCCAUUCAGUUUUAAAUCAUGAAACUGAACUAAUCGUCACCUAACUUUCAUUGUAACUCUGAAACUAUUCCCAAAUCAGUGGAUGUCUUCUGAGACCUU